AUGGCUCUAUCCAUUGCCACCGGCAUACUUCAGGUCAUGCAGGCGAAUGCUGGAAACGGCAAGCACGCUGCCCUAAUCGAGUUUCCAACCGGAGUUGAAAUCAUCUUGAAGUACCUCUUCUGGAGUAUCAUCUGCUACAACGCCAGCCUUAUGUUCACUAAAGUGUCCAUUCUCUUGCAAUACGGCCGGAUCUUUACUGUGCGCGAGAUGCGCAUCCCACUCCACAUCGUCAUGGCCGUGUGCGUCCUUUGGGGUGUGAGUACAAUCAUCACCUCUAUCUUCACAUGCGUCCCUGUCCACGCCUACUGGAAGAUCCUGGAGCAGCCGACUUCGAAGUGUAUCGACAACAAGACGAUUUGGUAUGUGAACGCCAGCAUCAACAUCGUAACCGAUCUUCUCGUCGCCUUCCUUCCCGUUCGCGUCAUCUGGACCUUGCAGAUUGCCAUGCGUCAAAAGAUUGCUCUCUUGGCGAUCCUGACCAUUGGUUGGUUCGUCUGUGUCGUAUCGAUCCUCCGCCUCCACGCCCUCGUUGUCCUGGUCGCGCAUCCCGACGACAACACUUACUACAGUGCACCGACAGCCUACUGGUCCGCGAUCGAGAUGAACCUAGCCAUCGUCUGCGCAUCGCUUCCCGCGCUCAAGCCCCUUGUUGUCAAGAUUAUCCCGGGCUUCUCUUCAUCGCUCAAUGUCAGCAGGGCAUAUGGGGGUGGGACUGGUACUGGAGCCAGCACGAAGCAAAUUGGUGUCAGGAGCACAGCAAGACGCAUCGACGAUGACUUUGAACUGGGUCGGCCAGGUAGCACAACACCUUAUCAGACGACCUCCGAAGAAGGCGGCAUGUUUGGUAAAAACAUUUACGUUUCGCGGCAUUUCGAGCAGCAUUUCGAACAAAGUUCGCGGAUCAGCGACAGCGAGAGCCAGAAGGAUCUUGUUGCUGAGCCAAAGUCGGUACUUCAUUGA